AGCUGUCAACACAUGGCAGGCUGGGCUGGGCGGUGAACUCCCGCAACGAUCUGACACUUAUCGAUGCUUCAUUAACACCAAUCAGCGAAUCGUCAUGUGCAUCUGUCCGAGUGUUAGUUGAACACAUUUUUUUGGGAGAAGCGGCCAAAACAUUGCGGUUGCACCUUCAACUUUGCAGACUGGACGUCGGCGUCAGCAUCAAGAGUUUUUUUUUUUGGCGCGCCUGUAUGAGAAAGCAUGUCGAGCUGCACGCACGUUUUCCAGAUCUCUGGUAUCAAGAUCCGUGAAAAGAAGAAAGUUUUGGUCCAGGGAAUCCAGCAGCUGGGUGGGAAAUACAUAGGUGGCUCCGUCUAUCAGCACUGCAGCACCCAUCUCAUAAUCCCUCAGGUUUUGUCCAGCGAGAAGUUUUUGGCUGCCUGUGCUGCAGGAAAGUGGGUUGUGACUCCAGACUAUGUGUUGGACAGUGUUAAGAAUGGUUCCUGGCUCGCAGAAGGACCCUAUGAAGUUGCCAUUUCCACAUGUACCACAUCUGCCUUCUACCCUGUCAGGCAGUGGAGGGAGAAGGUGGCCAGUGGGAGACUAAAAGGCGCCUUUCAGGGUUGGAGGGUCCUCCUCAUGGUCCAAGAGCCCACUCGCAGGGCCAUGUUCAAACGGCUCCUGAAAGCAGGCAGGGCCAAAGUAUACCACUGGCCUCCUCCCUCUCAUGCCUCUGUCACACAUGUCAUGGCUAAACCCAUCACAGAGGCCUCAAAAUCCCACAAUGCUCCCUGCUACCCUGUAACCCACAUUGUCCAGCACCUCUUUGGGAGUAAUUGUGCGGAUAUGAAGUUCAACAUAACGGAUGAUGAACUAACAGAGAGGAAGAAGGCCGGUUUUGUUGACCUCUCUAAGCUGGAGACAGAGCUCAGGGACUACGUGAUCAAACAGGAGGGCCGACCUCGACUGUUCUUCCUUGAAUUUCUGGGUUACCGUGACCCAUACCGGCCACAGUCACAGGCAACAGAAACAGACUUCAGAAAUGUUGGUAGUAUGAUAGAGUGCGGGCUCUUCAUUGAAGCCUUGGACUCAAUCAGGAGUGCUGUGUUCCCAGGCCUAUUGCCACCAGCGCCGUACCUGGUCUCCCUUUUAGAAUACGCACAGCAGGGAAACGCCACAACUGUGUUCCUGAAGACUUUCCAGCAGGUCAUGUAUAAUCUGCUUAUCACCAACCCUCCCUGGCUCGCCACCAGAAGAGUGAAAAAAUAUUUCACCCAAGUGUUGCAGUGUCCUCGAUGUAAGACGGGCCUGUGGCCUUUUCUGGAGACAGCCAUCAGUUACUGCCUGUCUGGUGAGGUCACUUGUCACCCGCUCCCUGGACCUGCCCUGCCAACAUUGUUACAUUUUCAUUGUGACCUCCUGGCAUUUGUCCUAAAGCUCUUCCAAGGGGAACUCCACUCUCUCACCACUGGGGAUUUCCUGCUGCCUGAGGGAGCUGGUGUCUCUCAGUCUUCAGCUUCAGGAUCUUUGCUGUAUGGAACCUUCUGGACUGUGUGGGAGCGCGGCACGCUGUUGUCGCGAGCUGUGAAACAACUAACCCAGCUCUUGGUACAGGCUGCCGUCGAGGACUACGGUGAGAGGGAUGAGAAGCAGGAGCUGCAUUUGGCAGACACUCUGCUGGAUCUCCUCUCCGUGUUGGUGGAGUUCUGGUGUCAGCAGCACUUCAAACUGAACCAGAACCUGGUGGAAAAAGGCCUAAAAGACCUAGCAGAGCACUUUGCUGUUAUUAGCCAGGAUGUGUCUUCGGUGAUUCUGGCAGAGCUGGUUGUCAGGAUUCGCUCUACCAGACUGAAGUUGGUGAUGGCCGAUGCCAUCUUCAGGAAUCUUUGCUGCAGAAAUGGAUUCACAGUCGGAGAUGAGCCCCUCUCUCUCAAGAAAAUGGUGCUGUCCUACUUGCCUGCUCUGGGGACUUUGUCUCAGAGUCCCACUGGUGCUUGCCUCAGUCAGCCUGGACGCACCUCUCACAGCUGCACCAGCCGGGGGAUUGGCUGCAGUGCCCAGAGCUCUUUGGUGAAUGAAACAUGCCCGGAAAAAGAGAACAUCCCCAGAGGUCUGAACAGAGUCAACGCAGCAGGAGAGACCCUCCUCCACAGAGCUUGCAAGAGGAACCAAGUGGAAACAGUGCUUCAGAUCCUGGCGCUUCCUGGCACGGACGUCAACGUUAAAGACCAUGCAGGCUGGACGCCUCUGCAGGAAGCGUGCAAUCAUGGCAGCACCGCGUGUGUGGAGGCUUUGCUACGUCACCACCCCGCCCCCGUGGUUGACAACCAGGUGGGUGGAGUCACUCCACUGCAUGACGCCCUGCUGAACAAACACAUGGACAUCGCUAAACUGCUACUGGAGCAUGCAGGCUCAGCUCUCCUGGAGCAGACCAAUGGAAAUGGGCGGACUGCACUCGAUCUGGUCUCCGCUACAAGUCAGAAGGAGGAGCUCCUCCGCAGCGCGCAGGUCGGAGACUCGGCCCCUAGAAACAGGGCAGCGACUGAGGUCUUGAACCUGCCCCUGCUGGAGUCUGGAUCCUGUCUGCUGGCUCACCUCAUCUUCUCCUACCAGCAAGAGAGGGGCCUGUCCAGCUGCACGCAGCCCAGCGACAAAUCCCACAGCCUGGGCUACAAGCUGGUCAGGGCCCUGGAAGCACACGCUCUCCAAAGAGUGACCGUGGGCUGGAUGGACCAGCGUGCAGUGAGGCUAGUGGAGGAUGCAGAGACACUGUUGGAGCUAGGCAGAGGGAGUUGCUUAGGUCAGGUGUCUCAGGCAGUGAAAGGGUGCAAAGGAGAGAAUACACAGUUCCUCAUGGAGAUACUGGAGGAUCUUAAGUCUCGGGGAGAAGCGUUGGUGGCUCACCACUGACAUCAACGAUCAACAUACUGAAAAAAAAAGACUUGAAUGCACUUGUGACUGUUAGUUACAUAAAACCAUUCUAAGGCCUUAGAAUGUGUACACUGAUAACAAAUGCCUCCAAAACUAAUGUGGCCUCCUUUUUAUGUUCCCAUUCAAGUAAAAUGGGUAAUCGUGUUUUUGAAGAUAGCUGCAUGUGAGAAACCUUUUAGACAACAUAGUUUGGAUAUAUUUUACUGCCGUGUUUUGGUUUAAAAUAUUUUAUACAAAUAUUUCUAAAAAUGUAUUUAUGUUGCAUGUUUUUAUUAUAACACUAGCAUUUCUGUACAGACUGUUUACUACCUCAAGUUGUUUUGUACAGAUACUUUUCAUCAUGUAAAUUUUUGUCACGUUUAUUUAUAUCAAAAUAAAUUAAAAUAGCUGCCAAUGUGUUAAGAUAUUCUGACGGCAUUAAAUCAGCAAAGUAUUUUAUACUAAUAAAUCAGGGGGAAAUGGCUACUGCAGUGUGAGGCUGAAAGGUGCUCUAACAAAUGGCUUCAUGUGGGGGCCCACGGUGUAAAAAAAAAAAAAAAA